AGGUAGCUGGUGGAGGGGUGGGGGGCUUGCAAAUGGCGGGGCGGAGUUUCGGGGUCCCUAGCACCUGGAGCGCCAGGGUCUUCGCAGCCGGGCGUGCAGCCACCUCGGAAAGCCUCACUUUACGUUCUACCCGACACCUUUCCCGCCCCUGGCGCAGCGCGGCAGCCUGCCCACUCUUAGGGAUCCUUGGGCCUCUGACUGUCCCCUGCGCGGCCGCAGCAGUCUCUCCGUCGCCGCUCUGACGCCCCGGGUUUAUACGGCCAUCUAUUUACGUGCACUUGAACCGGCCCGCAUGGGAGUAGCAUCCCCACCCUUCCAUACCAUCGUCAUCCUCGUCCUUUGUCCAUCCCUGCAGCCUCUGGUGCUAGCUUUACUGACCCCGCCCCUCCCUUCUAUGCCGCCCGGGCUCCCGCCCCGGGAGUCCGUCCGCAUCCUGCCCCCCGACCCCCAGGGUCUCCGAGUCUGGAGCCGCUUUCCUCUCGUGCACGCGGCCCUUCCUGUCGCUUCCUUCCUCACACAGCGAGGCACAAACAGUCCGGACCAUCCAUCCGGGGCCCGGCGCUGAAAGCGCGGACAGCUCUCUUCCUCCCCCACCACCCGCCCCCCACCCCGCGGCAUCUCCCAAGAGGACCAACGGCUCCGCCUCCCAGGAGAAAGUGGGUGGUGCUGAGGGCAGGAGACCGUUGCCGGGUCGCCCCAGUGUGACCCCUGGCGCGUGCGGUUGGGGGCAACUGCACGUGUGAUGGGUGUUGAUGGCACCAGGGACCGACGUGAGAGUGAGAGCCGAAAUGUGCUGGAAGAGCCCCAGCCCAGUUACUGGGCUUGGCAGCGAAGGCUUGAGAGAGGGAGGCCGGCUUCCACAGGGAAGGUGGCCAGACGGGUCUCCUCCCUCCAGACUCCUGCAACAAGCGAAUCCUUCCUUCCUUCACCGGCUACUGUUAAUUACUCCUGGAGAAAACAUGCUGAAAACAUCUCCCUGUCUGCCUCGGUCCUUUCCCACCUGGGCAGCCCCUAGCAGAUGGGCUGAAGAAUAACAGGCCUGGCUUCCUCUGGCUCCUCAAGGAGCCCCUGUCUUGUACUGUCCCCUGCUCCUUUUUCUCCCAGGGUCUCUGGGAAGGGUAAGAAAGACUCAGCAGGGUUUGUGUGUGGUGGGCAGCAGAUGUGCCCUGAAGACUGUCCAGGGCUGGUGCAUGGAGCUGGUGACAAUUCUUUGGCUUGCCUUGCAGAAAACUCUUCUAUCAUGUCGCAGAAUGGAUACUUUGAGGAUGCAGGCUACCUCAAGUGUGACACGGAUGAUGCCUCUGAAACCCGUGAGGAGAGCCUGGGGGAUGAGGCCUUCGACACGGUCAACUCCUCCAUUGUGUCUGGCGAGAGCAUCCGCUUCUUUGUCAACGUCAACCUCGAGGUGCAGCCCACCCAGUCCGAGAGUGAAUCGCCUGGAGGCUACGGUCUCCUACACACCUCCCGCAAGUACCUGAAGUUAAAGAACUUUGAGGAAGAGAUCCGGGCGCACCGGGACCUAGACGGCUUCUUGGCACGGGCCAGCAUCAUCCUGAACGAGACAGCCACCUCCCUGGAUGACGUGCUACGGGCCAUGCUGUGCCGCUUAGCCCAAGACUCCCACAACACUGAGCCCGACUGCAACUUGGACCUGCUCAUGGCCAUGCUUUUCACUGAUGCCGGGGCCCCCAUGGAGGGUAAAGUUCACCUACUGUCAGAUACAAUCCAAGGGGUCACUGCUACAGUAACGGGGGUGCAAUACCAGCAGUCGUGGCUCUGCAUCAUCUGUACCUCCAAGGCUCUGCUGAAGCGGCACGUGUGCAUCAGCCGCCUGGUUCGCCCGCAGAACUGGGGGGAGAAUUCCUGUGAGGUGCGGUUUGUCAUCCUAGUGCUGGCCCCACCCAAGAUGAAAAGCACCAAGACAGCGACGGAGGUGGGACGCACGUUUGCCACGAUGUUCUUAGACAUCACCUUCCGCCAAAAGCUCCUGAAGACCCGCACGGAGGAGGAAUUCAAGGAGGCCCUGGUACAUCAGAGACAGCUGCUCACCAUAAUGAGCCACUGUCCGAGCAUCAGCACGAAGGACUACAGCAUGAGCUCCAUCUGCACCCACAGACCCCCGCAGCCCCUACGGCACAAGGACUUUCUCCCCAUCGGGAGGGGCAUCCGGGAGGACAUCGCCCGCAGAUUCCCUGUGUACCCACUGGACUUCACUGAUGGCAUUAUCGGGAAAAACAAAGCUGUGGGCAAAUACAUCACCACCACCCUGUUCCUCUACUUUGCCUGCCUCCUGCCCACGAUCGCUUUUGGGUCCCUCAACGAUGAGAACACGAACGGGGCCAUUGAUGUACAGAAGACCAUAGCUGGGCAGAGCAUUGGAGGCCUCUUGUAUGCACUCUUCUCCGGGCAGCCGCUGGUGGUGCUGCUGACGACUGCACCCCUGGCCCUCUACAUCCACGUGAUCCGUGGCAUCUGUGAUGACUACAAUCUGGACUUCAGUACCUUCUAUGCAUGGACAGGCCUGUGGAACAGUUUCUUCCUCGCGCUUUAUGCCUUCUUCAACCUCAGCCUGGUCAUGAGUCUCUUCAAGAGGUCAACGGAGGAGAUCAUUGCUUUGUUCAUUUCCAUCACAUUCGUGCUGGAUGCUGUCAAGGGCAUGGUCAAAAUCUUCCAGAAGUACUACUGUGGCCACAACCACGGGAACUACUACGAAGAUAGGUCUUCCCCGGUGAGCCUGCUGGGCCUCAGCCCCAGCCUCAACAGCAGCCUCCACGCUGCCCUCAACACCAGCCUCCUGGCCGGCCCACCAGAGCUGACUUCAGUGGGCAGCCAGGGCCCCGAGGCCCUGGCCCGGGACACAGCUGUGCUCAGCCUCCUCAUCAUGUUGGGGACACUCUGGCUGGGCUACACCCUCUACCAGUUCAAGAAGAGCCCCUACCUGCACCCCUACAUGCGUGAGAUCCUGUCAGACUGUGCCUUGCCCAUCUCAGUGCUUACCUUCUCCCUCAUCUCUUCCUACGGCUUCCAGGAGAUUAAGAUGAGCAAGUUCCGCUACAACCCAAGCAAGAGCCUGUUCGAGAUGGCCGAGAUGCACUCACUAUCCCUGGUGGCCGUCAGCGGCGCCAUGGGCCUCGGCUUCCUCCUCUCCAUGCUCUUCUUCAUCGAGCAGAACCUGGUGGCUGCCUUGGCUAAUGCCCCGGAGAACAGGCUGGUAAAGGGCACUGCCUACCACUGGGACCUCCUGCUCAUCGCCAUCAUCAACACCGGGCUGUCUCUGUUUGGGCUGCCCUGGAUCCACGCUGCCUACCCCCACUCCCCGUUGCACGUGCGGGCACUAGCUUUGGUGGAGGAGCGUGUGGAGAAUGGGCACAUUUACGAGACGAUUGUGAGUGUGAAGGAGACGCGGUUGACCUCCCUGGGCGCCAGCAUCCUGGUGGGCUUCUCCCUCCUGCUGCUGCCCUUCCCGCUACAGUGGAUCCCCAAGCCUGUGCUCUACGGCCUCUUUCUCUACAUCGCGCUCACCUCCAUCGACGGCAGCCAGCUGUUUGCACGCAUGGUCCUGCUGCUCAAGGACCAAACCUCGUACCCACCCACCCACUACAUCCGGAGGGUGCCCCAGAGGAAGAUCCACUACUUCACAGGCCUGCAGGUCCUGCAGCUGCUGCUGCUCUGUGCCUUUGGCAUGAGCACCCUGCCCUACAUGAAGAUGAUCUUUCCCCUCAUCAUGAUCGCCAUGAUCCCCAUCCGCUACAACCUGCUGCCCCAAAUCAUUGAAGCCAAGUACCUGGACGCCAUGGACGCUGAGCACUGAGGUCCUGACUACCAGGCCCUGGCCACACCCCAUUCGCCCAUCCCUCUGGGUCUUCCCAGGCUGGCUCUGUGGCUGUGUGUGGGUAUCUUGGGGUGCUGCUCUGUACUGCACCCCCUCACAGCUGUCCCAACUGGCCUAGGGUGUCUGGGCAUUGAGGGGGCUCCAAGGUGUGUGUCUGCUCCUCUUCCCAUUAGCCUUUUGCUUUGGGUCCGGAACUCUGCUCAGGGCAGCUUCUGCCCAGGGUGGGACUAAGCAGGACGGAUUUUCUUUUGAUAAAAGAGCCUGAAAGAGAAACCAUUUCCUUGAUUGUGUAAGGAACUUGCUGUAUGCACAUUAGAGAAUAAAGCUCCUGUUUCUAUGCUUCUACA